AUGCGCAUCCGACCAGGUGUGUCGAGAAGCUCGUUCCUCUUGCGGGGACGGCUUCUGCAACAGAAGCCGAAAAAACAAACUCGGGGCACCCCCGGGUCACCACGCCAAGGCGCUCGCUUGCAGAAGUCUUCCAAGCCUACGAGGCCACAACUUGUUGGUAGGGUAUACUUCUCAAGGCCUGGCAGAUGGGGGUUUUUCAGCCCGUGCAAAAUGUUUCUCCGAACAUUAUCAACAACCCAGGAGAAUGAUACAGUUGCGUCCAUACGGUCGGAUCUGCUUUUUAAGCAUUCUAAAACUGCCAGUAAAGAAGUGAUUUAUUGUGGGAAGUGGGCAGACGUUCUGAAUUUCGUGCGACAAGAAGACGUCAUAACUCUGACAUACCGGAAUGCAGACACUGCCUGCAGUGCAGGAGACAACACGCCGCUUUGCCUCGGUGAUCCAGAAAGGGAUUUGGACGUGGUCGUUCACCGGAUAUUUCCUGAGACAAGGGCAGUCAUGUGUGCGUCAUUGAGUGGAGAUGUUGUACAGAGAAUGGAGCAGCACGCAGCAGAAAACUACUCUCCCCAAUGGACCCACUCGGGCAUAGAGAUCGACGAGAAUUUGCUAAAAGAAACAAACCAGCCUCAAACUCAGGAUUCGGGUGGACGACGGCCGAUAGGAUCCACAUAUUUUCCAGCAGGGCUCGAGGGUAUAUCCCAGCGUUUGCGUUCAAGGACAUCCUCUGAACCUCGGCCUGCUUGUGGCAGUCCGGCAACGAGGCCCGCUGCGAGAGGGGGUCGCAAACUGUUGGAGGUCCCAGCGGCAGAACAAUGUCGAAAUGCCAGCCAUCGCGCAAAGCAGACGUCAACCGUCCAUAUUUCCGGGCAUAUUCAGCGAUGCUACCGCCAGAGAGCAGAAUCCGAUGACAUGCAGAAUGCUGGGCCGGUGUUUAGAGAGCCGUAUACCGCGCGAGUUGACUCGCAACCUGAAUCUCUACCGCCGGAGUUACUGGAAGCUUUCGAGCUCCUGCAGCAAGUAACUCCGUCUGUGGAGAGGAACAAUGGGUUUGAGCGGAAAACUUCAAAACCAUCAGGUUCUCGCCUGCACAGCGUGCAUGAAAAUCCGUCAAAGUACCCAGCAAACCGGUUACAAGGGAAGCCCGGAGAUCAAAUGUGCUACCUCAGUGGCGAGACUAAGGGAUCUUCGGUACGGCCUCUGCGGAACCCGGCGACCAUGGGGAUAUCAAACGAACCCUACGUGCGUCUGCCCGAAACGCAGAAUCCAUACACUCGGCAAAUGUUCCCCCCACCCGACGGCACUUGGGACAUGCCAUCGAAUUUCCACGCGAUUGUGGAUGGCACGCUGCAUUCUAGCCCUAGGGAACGAUGCAAAGAGUCGCGGAAUCCCCACGAAAAUGGGCGCUCUUUAGGUGCCACAUCGGCGGAAAAUCACCGGAUUCCAUUGGCUGGGGAAGGGUUACAAUACAGAAGCGGCGGCACUCAUGGUGCUGAAGGAGGAUCAACAGAGAAUCGGGGUCCACCUGAAGCUGAAUUCACGUAUAACUUCUCAGGGAAGCCGGUGGCACUGUUCUAUCCGGAGAUCUACCCGGAUCGGCUGGUAAUGACGAAUGAGGCAACGGAUGUCCCGGCAUCCUUCAGUCCAAACCUCUCAGGUCAAGUUCAGCGUCCAUGCGCCGUUUCAAUGUCUUGGGUGCCCGGAAUGCUGGAGGGUCCAGCGACGUUUUCGUCAACGUGGGUUCGCAGUGACGGCCGGCAAGUCGGGAUCGAACCCUUGAUGCAAUCUCGAGUGUCAAUAUCACCGGGGUUGCAUCAAACGAGGUCUCUCAUUGACAAGUGGCAACUGCUCCAAACUCAAAUAGGGGGGUCCCGCUUGCUUCAGUCUGCAACCCUGCGACCUGUCAAUCGCACAUCUGCUGUGCCAGGUUUCUGAUAACUUCCCGUCAACCAGCAGAGCCUGAGGAUGCAGCGAGUCGAUUUAAUAAGUCGAUGUAAUGCAGCUAUGGGAGUGCCGAGAUGGCUGUGAAACGCAACAAUGAUCGACGGGUGUGGCAAGAAAAUUGAGCACCAGGCGUGCUUCUGUACCCGCGAACACAUCGGGGUGUUCCAUGUACCGAACAUUCCUUUUGUUAUGUGGAUCUCCGAAGCUCUACGCAGCUAUAAAAAUUGUUGUCAGAUGUG